AUGCACGCCGCAAGACGCUGGCUGCCGUGCUCAUGCUCUGUGAUAUGUACGGCCGGCAGGGGGUGGACGGAGCCCUCACAGGGUGACCUGCAGUACAUUCGAAGCCGUGCGGCCCUGCAUCAUACUUUAAAGAGUGGCCGGGGCACAGAUUUACCAAUUGUUACUGACCUAAGCAGCAUCCCGCACUCACCGGCCUUUGCCGACCCGCCCAACGCCGCUCGGAGUCGCGCGGCCACUGGCCUGCAUCGGUCAACCUCGGCGCGGCACGCCAGUCGACGCCUGUCUUUGGCAGAGGCCGCAGGUUCUAGCGCAUCAUCCAACUCUCAGCGGCGGCCUAGCCCCAACAGUGCACGCCGAGUGGCUGCCUCCUUUCACGGACAGAGGUCACCCGAUUCACCUCCAACCCGUCCAGCAGGCCCACCAUCAAAAAGCACGCCUGUAGCACGCGACACACCCGACGCCAUGGCCGAUCAGGCCCCAGUGGCCCCACCACGGGCUCGUGCGCCAAAUCCUCGCCUGCGCGCCGCGCUUGCCCAGGCCUUGUCCGUGAGCAAGCCCGGCUCUGGCACUGCGACUGGUUCAGCACCCACGUCAGCGUCGGCACCGGCGUCCAGACGUCCUCCUGGUACGACACCAGUGCAACGUACAAGCGCAAGCGCAGCACCACAGAGCAGACCGGCGCAAACGGCUCGGCCGGGUCCGGCGGCAAACGUCCAGCCUGUCAAUCCGGCACCCAAAGCUCACACAACUGCUGGCAGAGCACGGCAAGACCCUGCUCAUGAGGGGUCCCCGGCACCACCCCAGCGUCAAAGGGCGGGUUCGCGCGUGCACGCGGCCAUGGCCCAAGCGCUUGCUUCUGUGCAACCUGCCGGACCCAAUGCAGGACGCCCAACAGGCGCAUCGGCGCCCCAGAAUCGUGCAUCGAUGGGCCAUGCCGCGAGCCCUCGCCCGUUGUUGAAUAAUUCAGGCGCUGUCUCUCCGCCUUCCCAAGCGCCGCCCCCCAAUCACAUGCCCACGUCGGUGCCUUCUCGCCCAUCACAGACAUCGACCGCGGGCCCCUCAAACCCUGCGCUCGGCCGCUCUCAUGAUGGCAGGGCCGUCGUGCCACCCCGGGCUCAGCCACCCAGCACAAGCCCAUCACCCGCAGAACAGCAUGUGAGCACGACGCCGACAUCCGCACCCUUGCCUCAACGUGCCUCGGCCGUGGACAAAGCCGAUGACACGCCACCCCUGUCUGUACACGCCAGCAUUGCACCACCUUCUCCUCGGACACCGGCCAUUGAAGGUGCCACACUGUCGCCCGCGGAACCCACCACCCCUGCAGAGGCGCCCAAGGUCGCUGUUCCCACGACAACCGAGGUGGUGGAAACUGCAAAGGGUGCGGAGACUGCAAAGACGUUGGAGCUUACAGCCGCUGCAGAGCUUUCAGAGCCUGCGGAGGUUGAAACAAGCGUGCCGCAAGGUGUGCCCAGCAAGCUUGGGGCAUUUCGUCGCGAGCCAGCGUUUGGAUCUUCACUGAGUGUGGCGAGCGCAGAUGACAUUUUGCGGGAGCGCGCAACAUCCUUCCGUGCGACCGAGGUUCAGACGGGCGCGGCAGCGUCUACGAUCAAUCUGGAGCAAAGCCGGGAGGUUGCCGUGGCUGCUGUUCGUCCAGGGAUGGUGGGCUUUGAAUUACGAGUGGCCUUGGUCCAUCUGUUGGGGAGUUUGCAGCGGGGUGAAACUCGAUUGCUGGAAGCGGUGGUGGGCGAUGACACGGCCACGGUGCAUGUCCAAAUCACGGGCGUGGACCCCCAGCAGCUCUUGCCAGGGGUGCGCUUGUCAUUGAAUCACUGCCGUUCCAGAUUGCUUGGGGAUCGUCUUGUUAUCAUCGCUGGCCAGGCCACCCUUGCCGCGCGAGAUCAUCGUAGCGUGUCCAGCUCCUCGACUCACAACGACGCGGGUCGUCCCAACGUUUCGGGCUUGAACGUCUGGUCUUAUCCCGCCGUUUUGGGCUAAUGUUGAUGCUUGAUCCAAAGGCGCUGCAGAACACACCCCUCCUCAUGAUGCGCCCACAACCAGUCCCAACGACUGACGUCUAAAUCCAUCCCUUCCUCCCCCCGUCCCCGUCCUCCUGUCCCCUCUCCUCUCUCCCAUCAACAAAAUUCAGCUGUUUGAAG